GACCACUCAAAUAAAGAAAGUGUUGGAAACCGAAGGAGGAGUAGCUAGCUGCUUCAACUUUCUCCACUAUAACUCAUUCUCCAUUGUCGUUACCUUUUUGUUUUUGUUUUUUUUUUUCUCUACGACUGUUACCUGUAAAGAAAAGAGUUAAGGAUCCAUUACUUUAUCUCCUCUGUUUCCUCAAUCUGAGAAAUUUUUAACUUAACCCUUUUCCCCAAAUCUCUUGAUCUAUCAUCGGUUGGUAGUACUGAAGAAACCGAACUUGAAGCUACUUAGAAAUUGAGUUUUGGUUUUAAAAGACAUGGAAGCUAUAAGAAAGCAAGCGGCGAAACUCAGAGAGCAAGUCGCCAGGCAACAGCAAGCGGUUUUGAAGCAUUUAGGGCAUGUUAACGCGGAUGCUGUUGUUGUUGAUGAAGAAGAGCUUCAUUGUCAUCAGAAGCUUCAAGAUCUGUAUAGCUCUACUAAGGCUGCAAAGCGUUUGCAAAGGAACAUUGUUCGUGGACUCGAAGGUUUCAUUGCCACAGGCACGAAAGUUGUAGAGAUUGGGUUGAAGUUUGCUGAAGAUUUUAAGAAAUAUGGAGAUGAGAAUCCUGAUGCUAAUACUCCUCUCUCAAGAGUUGCACAUCACUUUGGUACCUCUUACAAGUCGGUGGAAGGCGAGAGGGAAACGCUCCUUGGAGUUCUUAGUGAGCAGGUUUGUGAGCCAAUUCGUACAAUGAUAUAUAGUGCGCCUUUGGAAGAUGCUAGGCAUUUGGUGAAUCACUAUGACAGGCUGAGACAAGAAGUUGAAGCUCAGGCAACUGAUGUACUGAGGAGAAGAUCAAAGUUGAAGGAAUCUGAUAUUUCUGAAGAAGCCUACAUUAAACUUAAGAAUUCCGAAUCGAGAUUGGCGGAGCUCAAAACAAGUAUGAAAACUCUUGGCAAAGAAGCUACCAAGGCCAUGUUGGAAGUUGACGAUCAGCAGCAGAAUGUUACUUAUCAGCGCCUUCGUGCUCUGGUUGAAGCCGAGAGAACAUAUCAUCGUAAUGCUCUUGAUAUCCUCGACAAGCUACAUUCUGAGAUGAUUGCUGAGGAAGAAUCUAUAGGAUCAUCACCAAAGUCACUACCUUUACAUUUAGAGGAUGCUGCUUCUCUUCCCCAAGAAGAAGUGAGUUCAAAUACCUCGGGAGAGAUCAAAUCAAAUACCUCGGGAGAGAUCAAAUCAAAUCGUCGAGAAGAAAUGAAGUCUAAUUCUCAAGAAGUAACCAAACCCAAUCCCAAGGAUGAAAUGAAGUCCAGUCCUCAAAAAGAAACCAAAUCCAAUCACCAGAAAGAACUCAAGUCUAGUCCACAGGAAGAGAUCAAGAAGUCCAAUGGAUCUGAUGAUCAUCACAACCAUCAACUUCUCAGUCAGAAUGAUUCUUACUUUCUUGCAAAGGUUGUGCACCCGUUUGAUGCUCAAGCCCCAGGGGAACUCAGUCUAGCUGUCGAUGAUUAUGUAAUUGUGCGACAGAUGGCUGGAACAGGCUGGUCAGAAGGAGAAUACAAGGGCAAAGCCGGAUGGUUUCCUUCUGCUUACGUCGAGAAACAAGAGAAAGCUCCCGCGAGCAAGAUCGUGGAAACAAACGCCAAGUAGCAGUGAUCUCUUUCUUUAAACAUAUAUAUACAUCCAUAAAGUAUGUGUAAGCUACGAUUGUGUGUUUUUCUUCCGUCGUCUUACAUAUCAUCAUAAGCUCAUACGUAAGUAUGAUUAGGUCAAGAUAUGUAUCCACGAGUAAAUAUGAUCUGUGUAAGAGAUACGAUACGAUUGUGCUUUUUCUUCCUCUUUCUUAAGUCUUAACUCUCGAGUCGAUUUCUCCAUGAUGAGAAUCCUGUUUUAUCUUCUGUAAUCUAACUCUAAUUAUGAUAAUAUGAUCUUUCAGUUUCUUGUUUCA